GGAAGUGGUGCUUGACGUCACUUCCGGUGUCUCGGUGCGCCUCCAUUAGUAAACAACCCGCGGAAUUUUGAAAGUAGCAUCCGGAUAGACGUUCGUAUUUAAGCCCUCCCGACCAGACCAUGACGUCCAUCACUGAUAAGAACAUCAUCGAGGGCUUUGCCAACGCAAUGGAGGAGACCCACAACAAACAACUGAAAGCAUACACCGAGAUCACCGAGGCCACCGCCCAGCGGAGCCAGUCCCACAGGCACUUGGUCAGAUCUGCACUUGAUACAUGUUUGGAGAAAUGUGAGAGUGACAAAAGGCUGUUUGACUCCGUAGAAGAAUUUCAAAAGGAUCUGCAGCAUAAGAACGCGUCAUUGAAGGAGAAGCGGCACGCUAUUGCAGAAGUUACAUCUGAUGUUGAGCAGAAGGAAAUACAGAAGGACACGAUUAUCGAGAGGAUUGAGAAGCUGAAAGCAGAACAAGCUCAGCAAAAAGAGCUCAUUGAGUCUCAGCAUAAAGCCAACAAGAACCGCCUGAAGAACCUGCAGAAAGCCAGAUAUGUCUUUCAGGAUCAUUUGGGGAUGGAAAUACGAACCAUCUGCGGCACGGAGCCCCAAGUUUCCGGUAAAAGGUUCCAGUUUGUGUUCCGGAAUAUCAACCCAUCUGAUCUGAACAGUGCCUACAUUAUCACAAUGAGGAUCACAGAAGACGGCGCAUAUCAGACCGUGUCGAGCGACCCUGUGUUGGAGAACCUGCCGGCUCUGGAAAGACGUCUUCAGGAGACCAACAGCUUACCAGUUUUCCUGGCGAACAUAAGGAAGGAGUUUAUCUCCCAAGUGCGCUGAGAUGGGAUUUAAUAAAGUUUUAAUAAAGUUGACAUUUUGCAGCAAA